GAUGAGCUUCUCCAGGCUCCCAACAGCUGAUCGCUGGAGUUUAAACAGCAAGUUAACAUCAACAUGAACACAGUAUGUCGUCAGUGGUUGUUCAUGACAGGCUAGCAGGUUUCAGCUUGGCAGGAGACAACAUGGUGGUCAGUAGGGGGCUUAAAGGGGGAACCACUUAAUGUUCCGGCCUCUCACUGGCCUGCUUUCACCGCAUUCUUCCAGUGAAUUCCCGGUUUGUCACUAGCCGUCAUCUCCGGCUGUUCUAGGGACUUGGAGUCCUCCCCCGCUGCUGCUCACCUCCUGAACACCGGCUGUUCCAGAGUUAGAGCGCGUCCCCCAGCCUACAGCUCACCGGGUUAUAGUACCUCCCGCCGUCGCUCAUUGGCUGUUCCUCCACCGCAGCGCAACCUGCUGGUUUCUUUACCUGUUUUCUGUAUGGCUGUUCCCAACUGGUUCCGCCCUCCCUGUCCAACACCAUCAGUGUUGGUGGUGCCUACGUGCUGCUGUACAAACAGUAAUGGCGUUCCUUUGAGCUCUCGGUGUGUGAGAGCGUUUAGCGCAGGAUAUCGCGAGAAUAGAAGCGUUCCGUGCGAAGCCGAGUUGUUUUUGUCUGAGAAGGAAAAAUAGGAUGUCUCCAGCGGGGGCAGCAGAGAGCAGCAUGAAGCUGUGCCAGGAGGCCCAGGACCAGCUGGAGGACGCCAUCGGGUCGGUUCUGAAGGCCGAGCAGCAGCUGAGGGACAACGCCAGAGAGGUGCGGUCGGAGCUGCAGACCUGCAUGAGCCGCCAGCAGGAGGCGCUGCGCUGCAGAGAGGUCUGGCUGCUGGGACAGAUAGAGCUGCUGGAGAGCCUCAAGACGGAGACGCUGCAACACCAGCUGCACCAGCUGCACCGGCUCAGAGGUCAGUUUGAGGUCAUCGCCCAUCAGCUGCAGAACUCCAACAACAACGACCUGAGCAACCAGCUGACCAGCUGCAUGGAGAAGUUGGCCUCUCUGAGCCUGGCCCCUGAGGAAACCCCUGAGAUGCGUUUCCAUGCCGACUCCCGCUCCCUGAGACAAGCCAUCACCUCGUUCGGCAGCAUCACCGCCCAGGCGGAGGAGGGCGUGGCCUCUCGGAGCCCCGCCUCUCAGAGAGCCCAGGUACAGAGCUGCUCACUUGGAGCCAGACAGCAGCAGCUGGAGGCGGCGGAUCUGGGUGAUUGGCUGCUGGGGAAACGGCCAGCUAGCAGCAGCUCUCUGAUUGGUUACCAGGCCAGUAAGAACCCUCAGGAUUGGCUGCUGAAGCAGAAGGAAACCAAGACGUCCUGUCCCGUCCUGGUCUCCAUGGACUUCCUGAAGGCCUGGGGCCAACUAAGGGACCUUGAGGCGUGGCUCCUGAAGGACCAGGACCAGGACCAGGACCAGGACCAGGACCAGGGGGGCAGGGAGCGGGCCAGCAGCAGCUGCAGCUCCUCCUUCUCCAUUGAGAAGAUCGAUGAGUCUGAGCUGACCGAGGAGGAGCUGAGCGACUGGCUGGUGACCCCGCCCACCGUUGCCAUGGAAAUGGGUGACGGCGAGCGCUGGCAGGGCGUGCUGAGGCCCUUCCAGGAGGACUGGGCCUCUGGCGACUGGCUGGCCGGCCGCGGCGCCGCCGACUGUUCUUCUUGCUGCCAGACCAGCCGCACUAUGGAGAUCGAGAACCUGGGCCAGCUGCGGUGCCUGAAGGCUCCACUCAGCCCCAGCCCCGCCCCCAACCUGGAGCUCUGGCUGCAGCGGGUGGCGCCACUGAGGCAGACCUGCAGGGCCAACGAGACGUGCUCCUCCUACAGCGACUGCGUCUGCGAGGAGAACUGUGGAAAGGAGGCGCUGAGCCGCUGGCUGCUGCGGCAGGAGGGCCGGGACAAGAACGGCGUACCUGUGGACAAAAACGCCCCACCCACCGCCACACCUGCGGUGAAGAACGCCCCACCCACCGCCUUCCACAGGCAGCAGGAGCAGAAGGUUCAGGCCAUCCUGGAGGCCUGGCUCCACCCAGGAGCAGCCGAGGAGAACCUGAGCAGGAGCCACGCCUCCCAGAACCAGACCUGCUCCCCGUUCCAGCGCCCCCUCCAGGCUGACCUGUGGGUGCUGCCAGGAUCGGCCUCCAGAGGAGCAGCAGGAGGUGCGGCCGAGGAGGAGGAGGAGGAGGACAAGUGGCUGCUGAAGAAGAGGAGCCAGGCUCAGGAGCGUCUGGCUCUUCCUGCCGUCUGUGAGCUUUUCUCCUGCAUGAAGAUGGGCGGAGACAAAGAAAAAUGGCUGCACAGCGCUGCUGUCCAGAUGUGACCACAUGCUAAUGAAGAGGAUCUUUCUUCUUCUACUUUCUCUUCUGGAAGUCACUUUAUCGCUGAUGAUGAGCGCACAACGCCAUCGAUCACACGACCGCCUUCUUCCUGUGACAUCACCACCCACCGCCCUCGUCCAAUCAGCAGACUGGACCGGAGCUGAAACUUGCCACUUUACUUGCUAUUGAUCAGUGAUGUCAUCAGUCAUUGUAGCCAAUCGCUGAAUGUUUGAGCUUGUAGCCAAGGCGGGAGGCUUUACUUUUAGGUUUAAUUUGAAUCUUUUAUCUUUUUUUCUGCUGACCUCACAGCUGCUGGGAGGAACUCAGUUUCCCAGCAUGCUCAGCGAGUCACGUCAGCACUGAUUGGUGCUUUGUACUGUUUGGGGCGGAGCUUGAUGUCAUUUAUUUUCUGCAGUAAUAAAAAGUGCUGACAUCAUCA